UUCAGCAAACUACCCAAAACUGAAAUUCCACUACUCCUAAUUCAUGAAAAGUGAUUCUCACCUACCGCUAGAAACUUCAAAAAGGACGAAGCUAGCAUAGAAUCCCCACACACGGAGAAUUAAGGAGAAGUUGAUAGAUCAAUGGCGAAGAAAACCCAAAUGGUUGUUGGAACGUGGGGAAUCAGAAGCAGCGUCCAUUCCCUUAUCGGCCUCCUCCUCACCCUCCUAAUCAUCACCGCCGUUUAUCUUACCCAAGACAGUACUGGACGGCCAUCGGAAGACAGAACCUGCAGCGGCGAUGAUUCAUUGUCGCACUGCAAUUUGUUUUCAGGCAAGUGGGUGUUUGAUAACCAAACUUACCCUCUGUACAAGGAGAACCAGUGCACAUUCAUGUCUGAUCAGUUGGCUUGUGGGAAGUUUGGGAGAAAAGACUUGAGCUAUCAGAACUGGAGGUGGCAACCUCACCAGUGCAACCUUCCUAGGUUCAAUGCCACAGCGUUGCUGGAGAGACUGAGGAACAAGAGGCUUGUGUUUGUUGGAGAUUCCCUGAAUAGGGGCCAGUGGGUGUCCAUGGUUUGCCUGGUUGAUUCAUCGAUCCCUCCAACGCUUAAAUCAAUGAACGGCAAUGGCUCACUAGUCUCCUUUAAGGCCAUUGAAUACAAUGCAUCGAUUGAGUUCUACUGGGCUCCGUUGCUAGUGGAAUCGAACUCCGACCAUCCAGUGAACCACCGGUUACCAGAUCGGAUUGUGAGAGUGAAGGCAAUUGAGAAGCAUGCUAGGCAUUGGACCGACGCAGACAUACUCGUGUUUGAUUCCUACCUCUGGUGGAGAAGGCCCCAAAUGAAUGUCUUGUGGGGAUCAUUCGAAAGCCCUCAUGAUGCGAUUUACAAAAAGGUAGAGAUGCUGCGGGUCUAUGAGAUGGCUAUGAGGACAUGGUCUGAUUGGUUGGAAGUCCACGUUAAUAGAACCAAGACCCAAUUGUUUUUUGUUAGCAUGUCACCAACUCAUGAAAGGGGUAAAGAUUGGGGUGGGGGUGAAAAUUGUUACACAGAAACAGAGCUAGUUUCAAGAGAGGGGUACUGGGGAAGCGAUUCGGAUCCAAAAAUGAUGCGGGUGGUUGAAACCGUGCUCGAUGAAUUGAAAACGAGAGGAGUGAAUGUGCAAAUGCUUAACAUCACGCAGCUGUCAGAAUACAGAAAAGAAGGCCAUCCAUCCAUCUACAGGAAGCAGUGGGAGCGGCUAACCGAAGACCAAAUAUCUGAUCCCAGCAAUUAUGCAGACUGUAUACAUUGGUGCCUCCCCGGAGUGCCUGAUGUCUGGAACGAGUUCCUCUAUGCUUAUAUUGUUCAUCAAUGACGAUACUCCAAUUCGAAAUAAAAUUCAUCACAGGUUUCUACUC